UUAAUGCAAAGUAUAAAGAAAAAAAGUGAUUUGCAUCCAUAUGUUUAAAAGUGUAUUUUUUACAUCGAAAGAUGCAUAGUACGAAAUUGAGAAUUUCAUAAUAACUUGAUCUAUAUUCUUUAUUUAAUUAAAAAUUUACUUUUUAAUGAUACUUGUUAAUUUCUCGAAUGUUUCAAAAAUCUAACCUCCAAACUGAAUGAAGAAGAUAAAUAUUUUUACACAAAGUAAUGAAGUGAUUAAUGAAAAGAAUUUAAUUAAUGGACAGUUCGUUAGUGCAAAAUGGGAGAAGUAAACGUUUGUUUCCAAAGCGAUACUGACAAUCGUGAGAAUUUUCCAUCCUCCAUUGCAUUCCAGACUUUCAGAAAGCAAAGGGAUGCUUUUUAUGAUAUACUGCGAAUUUGGGAGGAAAAUCAUUUGGUAUCAGGAUGGGUGUUUCAGAUUGCACUAGGUGGUAAGAUAAGAAAUAUGUUGACAAUGCAUAAUGAUUCCACUAAUUAUUAUCACAUUGCUAGAUUAUUUAAGUCGCAAUUGCUGAUAUCGUGUAUACAGAAUAAACAUCAGGAUGAUAUAGUAGACAAUGAGAGCUUGAAUUUUCUAAAAGCUUUGAAACAUGUCAAUCCUGAAAAAUUGACUCAACUCAGUAAAAGAUUUGUAACUCCCUUACCAUCACAGAGUCAGAACGUUGGACCUUCAUUUCCCGGCAUACAAGAAUUUUUUAAAGAUUUUAUAUUAAAUGCAUUUAACCCAAUAUUUUAUAUACAUUUAGAAAAUUGUUUUGUACAUGAAAUAAUGGAAUUGAACAAUAGUCAGUUUGCUAAUAGUGAAAUAGAAGAUUCAGAAACAAUGGUUGAUGAACAAACUCAACAGAACUUUGUUACUUGUUUAGCCAGUUUGAGGCUUCUUGCAAAAGUAUUAGGAUUUUUAAUAUCAUUACCAUAUAAAUUUGAGUUUAAUACUACUAAAGAGAUUGUAGCAACGCAAGUAGAAAUAAGAAGCACGGUUUUACCAUCGUUAAACUUACAAAUGUGUCUCCACAAUGCCAUACUCGAAGGAAAACUGAUAUUAACGAUACCUUGGAUAGUUAAAUAUCUGGCCAUGAUGGAUGUAGUGUCGCUUCGAUUGCCGUAUUACAAACAGAUUUUAGAAAUAUUAUAUUAUAUUUAUCGUGGUGUUAAUCAGGUUAAUUUUUCCGCUCCUGAUUGCCUUAUCUCCCAACAAGCAGCCAUGCUGCUGAAGUCCAGUCUGUGCUGGUUAUUCGAACUACCAAACUUUCCCAAGGAUUUCUGUAACAUCUGGCAGAAGACUUGUAAGAUCAAAGAGCUGAAGAAUCUCAAACAAAUAGAGAAACUUCUUUUCGAAAAGAAGAGGAACUCACAUUCCAUCGACUGCUCGGUUCCCGCCAAAUGCAGUCUCGAUAAAUUAGAUAUAGUUACCGAUCAAAUUAUGCGUAUGUGUUGUCCGCGAACGGAGUCAACUCUCUCUGUAUUUCACGGAAAUGGCAUGAACUUGAACGUCAAUUCUAACAAACAUAUUACACCUGUCACUAGUCAACUACAGCAAACAGGAAGUACUAAUAUUCGCGCAAAACAUUUGGAGCUGCAAUUGGAAGAAGCUUUCUUUCAUGGUCAACCAGCUUCCACCCGGAAGACUGUUGAUUUCGUGUCCGAAAGAGUCGCAUCGACCUGCGUGAAACAUAUAUGCAACACUCUGUUGACCUCUUCGCGAGAAGCUAACUUAAAUUCCUUUAGAAAGAUUCUGAAACGGAAACGGAUUGAAAAAGAUCCAGAUGAGCAAAACGAACCAUCAACAAGUUACUUAAACGAAUUUAAGACUUUGCUCGUGAGCGACAUGAACACAUUAGCCAACAAUGUGUCGAGGGACUUAAAGGAUCAGUGUGAGAAAACAAUACCGGCGAUUUGCGAGAUGCGAGUCGCGACUUCGAUAGAAUCUCUAUUAGCGGAAGAUUCUCUAACUGCGGUGAAGGAGAUGUGCAUAAAGAUUGCGACGAGAAUGGCAACAGAACGAAUAAAUCAAUGGAUACAAUCGCACAUCGUCGGUGGUUCCUUAUUUAUAAAGGACAUGGAACUUGAGAUUAAUAGAUUUUUCCGAAAUAACAGCCCUGUGCAUACUAAGCAAGAGAAAAAUCACAACAUGGAUGUUCCUAGUCCUACUGUAGUAAUAGAUGAGCUUCGAGAAUUGAUAUGGCAGAUGUUGGACAACAAUGGCAUAGGUUUAACUAUGUCAUCGACAUUAAAUGUUUUAGAUAAAUUAUAUCUGGCGUUCAAUCAAAGGAAUGAUCUAUUACCAGGACCGCAGAAAAUUUUAUUUUAUCUCAGUAUCGACUUCACAUUAUUUUUAAUUGCAUAUAGGACGGAUCUUUUUACACAAGAGCUCCAGGACAAAUUAAUUAAAAUAUGGUCGUUAAGCAGUUUGAGAAAUGAUGAAGAUGACUCACCGCUGCAUAGACUCCUGUGUUCUAGAAAUAUCAUGUUGCUAGCCCAACCAGAGAACGAUGCGAUAUGGUCUGUCUUCGGUAAAUUUUUAAAACGAUUGUUAGAAACGAAGAUACUCGACAUAAACAGUCUGAGCGAUCAGUGCGUCGCUUUAUUCAGAGAAAAUUGGCCUGUGCCUUUGUUAAAACUUUUAUCGAAGUGCCUGACUGAGGCCAUCGACGGUUAUAAAACCACUGACGAAGCGACGGAGAAAGUCAAGUAUCUUCUCGGUUGGGUAGCCGAGACGUAUCACGAGAUUGAAUUUUGCGAGGAUUAUGAUCUAUAGACUGACAUAUAUUGUAGGUAAUUUACGAUAUUGCUCUAUAAUGGGAAAGUAUGGCUGUUGAGGUAAUUUUCUGUAAAUAUAAUUUUAUCGUCUCGUAUACAUAUAUGUAUAUUGUUGUAAAUUUGCUGUUCUGAAUUUUUUAAUGUUGAUGAAGCAUUAUUGUUCUGUGUAUGUACACGCAUAUACUCGACGAAAGGUGUGUGUAAUUUGCUUCAGAAUGUUUAUCGACGAGUCUUUUACUAGUAAGAAAUUUUAACUUUUUGUAUUCGGCAAAUUAUUAAUUAAAUAUACAACUGGAUAUUUUAUCUAA